AUGUUUUUAUGGUCCUAUUGGCGCACCAUUUUUGCAGAUAUCAAACCUAUUCCAGACAAGUAUAAAUUACCUGAAACAGAACUGGAAAAGCUGCUAAGUGCGGAAACAGAAGAUGCACAAAGGACAAUUUUAGAGAACUUUGCUAAAGAUCUCCCUAUAGUCACUAGGACAAUCCUGAUCGAGCACAUCAUUGUAGUAUUUGUGCUCGAUGUGUCCUCAAAAAUGGAUCAUCACUGCCCGUGGGUCAAUAACUGUGUGUGCUUCCAUAACUACAAGUUCUUCAUGUUAUUCCUCGGCUACGCACUGCUGUACUGUCUCUUCAUUAUGUCGACGUGCCUGCCAUAUUUUAUACGCUUUUGGAAGACAUAUCAAGAAUACAAGCAGGCCCACUGCGAUAGUUUGAUUGACAACGGCACUUAUACAAAACAAUGCAUGGAAUUAUUGAGUGGUGACUUUGGUACAUCAGGCAGUGCGGGUCGUUAUCACAUAGUAUUCGCCUUUUUUGUGGCCUUAAUGUUUGCCAUAUCACUUGGCUCUUUAUUUGGCUACCACUGCUACCUCGUAGCACACAAUAGGACUACAUUGGAGGCCUUCAGAGCGCCGAUGUUUCGUGGUGGAGCUGAUAAAAAUGGCUUCUCAAUCGGGGCUUUCAAUAACUUCAAAGAAGUAUUUGGUGCCAGCCCUGACUUGUGGGCUGUUCCAGUGUUCACCAGUGGUCGUGUUGCCAGCCUGGGCGACGGGUGCGAGUACCCGGUGCGGCGCGAGCACCAGCUACAGACGUUCACGACGCCACAGGACGGCGGCGGCUACGAGUCGAUGGGCACCACGCGCUCCAGCGUGGAGGUGACACAAGAGACUGAGAGAUGGAGACUUUGCCCCCGAAGGGGCCGGACCGUCCCGCAAAUACAUAGUAAAAACAUUAUGCAACAUAGCUUCGGGGACGGGUUCGUGUACCCGCAGCGGACCACCGACGAAGAUACAGAGUCCCUGCUGAGUUCAGAGCGCUGGGAGCGAUGGGGACAGAGAUCGAGGCCCUUCGACGGCAGCAGCUCCUUUGACGAACUAUGA